UGAUAGUCAUUUUAUUUUCAAUUGUUUUUCACUCUUACAAACAAAACUAUAAUGAACUUCUUGUAUAUGUCUCUCUGCAUAUAUUCAUUAGUUUAUCUAGGGCUUAUACCUAGAAUUGCAGUUGUCACAGCCUUGGGGUUUUAAUUUCCAAAACCUGACUCUGCCUUUUCCUGCACUUUCUCUUUUACUUCCACCAAGCUAGAUGCCUCUUUAAACAUCGGGAAAUCAGAGAUAGUAGCCCUAAUAAGGGGACUAUCAUAAAUCAUUCUUUGUAAGACUACACCUAUUCUAGAGUUCAUAAAGAUCUCUGCUCCUUCCAUGGCCAAUAACUCAGUGGUUCUGAUUUGAAAGCAGCAACUCUGUGUCUCGCCACCUAGCGUAUUCUCUGGUGUGAGUGAGUCUGGAGUUGCCCGGUGUGUGGGGUGGAGGAGUCGUCCUGGGGACCCAUGAGGCUGGAGAGGCUGGCACAGGCCAGACCAUAAACGGGCCACGUGUUUAGGGCAAUGUAUGCUGCACUGGGGCCUACUGCCUUCCUUAGGAGAGGGAUGGAGCGACCUCCAUCGUUUCAACCACAGGACAUAGUGGUGGCGGGGAGCUGAAGUGCGACCCAAGACUCGAGUCCUAAUCCGGUCUGAUCUUACUCCACUCUUUCUCUUCUCUUCAAUCUCAUCCAAACAGUGUGGGAGUAAGCCUAGAGGGUUCUUAACAUCCUUAACCCCUGAGAGAUUUAAUAUCUAUGCAAAGGGCCCUUCAUUUAUAUAUGGGUUUUCCACCCGGCGGACCCUCUUCCGCCGCCAUAUCCGCUUUGGCGCCCUCUGGCGCCCAUGAAGGAAGUGAUGCGCCUGCGCUCCCCCCGCCCUCUGCCGUUCGUCUCUUUCCCAGGUCGAAUUGCCGCCGCCUCCAUGCUGAGUUUGCUGCUGAACGAGACUGGGAACAGUUCCAUCAGCCUCGGAACCUCCUCCUGGCCUUGGUCGGGGAAGUUGGGGAGCUGGCAGAACUCUUUCAGUGGAAAACCGAUGGGGAGCCUGGUCCCCAAGGCUGGUCCUCCAGGGAACGGGCUGCCCUUCAAGAGGAGCUUAGUGAUGUCCUCAUCUACCUGGUGGCAUUAGCAGCCCGCUGCCGCGUGGAUCUGCCCCAAGCAGUGCUCUCCAAAAUGGACAUCAACCGGCGACGCUACCCAGCCCAUCUGGCCCGCAGCUCUUCCCGCAAGUAUACAGAAUUGCCCCACGGGACCAUCUCUGAAGACCAGGCUGUGGGGCCCCCGGACCUUCCCUGUGACUCCACGGGCCAGGCCUCAACCUAGAAAGAUGGCCAUAGGACUUGCAACUCAGGGUAGGGUCUGAGGAACAGAGGGUGGCUUGGCCCUGGAGCCUUUUUCUAGUCUUUUCCGAAUAGAUCAUGGGCCUGAGGCCUCCACUUCCUGAGGUCUGAAGCUCAGCAGCCUCUAGAAGGUUGCCUCCUGAUGUUUGCUCUCCCAGUAAAGUGGUUUUGAGUGAUAACUUCUAGAUUCUUCCUGGAUGGCCAAGGGAGGCUCUCUGUCUCAGCAGGUGAUGGUGAGGGGACCAGGGGUGCCUCUGAGCCCCAUUCUUGUUUCCCUGUUGUACCUUCUGCCUGUAGGGCAGAGAUAUCUGGUUUCUAGAAAAUUCCCAGUAGAAUGUCAUAUAAGUUCCUUCCUCUCCUUUUAGAGAUUGGAGACUGUAAGAGUCCAGAUGCUGGAGCCAGGCUGUCUGGGUUCAAAUGCCAUCUUUGACACUUGCAAGCUGGAUGACAUUACUCAAAUUACUUAAUCUUUCUGCACUUCAGCUUCCUCGUCUGUAAAAUAAAGAGAAUAGUGCCUGCCCAAUAG